UGCGCUGAGGGGAGGCAGCGGGGACCUAGGAUCGCGGCCAGGAGCAGCGCGAGACCCAGACCCGCGCUUCGCUCGCGGCCGGAGGGACCGAGCUCCAGCCCGGGCAGGGCACCGACUCCCCCGAUCCCCUGGGGAGCCAGGGCGGUGGCGCCGGGACGGGGCGUCGCGCACCUGCGCUUCGGAGCCCCGCGCCUGGAUCCCGCUCUGGCCCGGGCUUGUCCCGUGACCCCUCUGACAGCAGGAGCCUCCUCCCUUCCAUGGGCCACCCGCCGCGGCUGCCCGUCUCCAUGAUAGGUCGUCACCCCCUCUCCUGUGGCGACAGACGCCUGUCUCUGCUCUGUCAUGACCUGAGGGGUGUCCCCGUUGCUCAGUAACUACCCCCCGCUGGUGGGGGUGCUGGACCCCCAGCGCCACAGAGCGCGUGUCCCCACCUCCCUUGCUGCUGCUGCCUGUGUUGUGAUACAGCAGCCAGCCCCCGUGCCUGUGUGAAGCUGGGCUGUAGCGAAUGUCCCCAGGCCCAGCAGGGUCGCGCCGUUUGAGACCGUUCCCGGGCACCAGAUGCGUUUUCAUGUCGCAGUAUCUAGCCCUGCACCACCUGUUACCUCCGCCGUGCGUGGCUGGUGCCCCCUGCCCCAUUGCAGCCUGCCCUGAGCGGCGGUGCUGUUGAACAUGCCUCUGUUUGUCUCCUGUUGCUGUUUGCUGCUGCUGCUCCCACGGUGAUUUUUUUCCUCCCGGGUUCCCGUGAUGGGCUCUGGGAGCUGAUUCGCCGGAGAGAUUUUUUUCGGGGGGUAAGGAAAAAGAGGAUGAGCCACGUGGGCAGCCCAGUGAAAGCCUAUGACUUCUUGCUGAAAUUUCUGCUGGUGGGGGACAGCGACGUGGGCAAAGGAGAGAUCCUGGCUAGCCUGCAGGAUGGAGCCACUGAAUCACCCUAUGGGUACAACAUGGGUAUUGAUUACAAGACGACGACAAUACUUCUGGAUGGCCGUCGAAUAAAACUACAGCUGUGGGAUACAUCGGGACAAGGGAGAUUCUGCACCAUAUUUCGUUCCUAUUCAAGAGGUGCUCAGGGGGUGAUACUGGUAUAUGACAUUACAAAUCGCUGGUCAUUUGAUGGUAUUGAUCGAUGGAUAAAGGAGAUAGAUGAGCAUGCUCCUGGUGUACCUAAAAUCCUGGUUGGAAACCGCCUUCAUUUAGCCUUCAAGCGUCAAGUCUCCACUGAACAAGCACAAGCCUAUGCGGAGAGACUAGGCAUGACUUUUUUUGAAGUUAGCCCACUUUGUAACUUUAACAUCACAGAGUCUUUUACUGAGCUGGCAAGGAUAGUGUUAAUGAGACAUGGGAUGGACCGGCUCUGGAGGCCAAACAAGGUACUGAGUCUGCAAGAUCUCUGCUGCCGUGCCAUAGUUUCCUGCACCCCUGUGCAUCUUGUUGACAAGCUCCCGCUCCCCGUUGCCUUACGAAGCCAUCUCAAAUCUUUCUCUAUGGCCAAUGGCCUUAAUGCCAGGAUGAUGCAUGGACGCUCCUACUCACUCACUGCCAGCAACAACAACAAAAGGAACAGCCUAAAGAAAGCUAAAAUUAUCCGUCCCCCACAGAGCCCACCAAAAAACUGUACGAGAAACAGCUGUAAAAUUUCCUAAACCUGAUGUGGCUGAAAAACAAGGUUGACUUUCCUCACGUGGAGCCUUGAACACAAGGAGUCCUGUUGAAUAGCUGAGCAUGCUCCGUGUAUC